AUUGUGCUAAUCGGAAAGACAGGACAUGGAAAGAGUGCGACAGGCAACACUAUCCUGGGAUGCACCAGAAGAGAGGACUGGAAAUUUAAGAGCUCAGCAGGUUCAACAUCAAUAACACAGAAAUGUGAAAAACAUGAAACUGUCAGAUUUGGGAAGAGGCUUGUUGUGAUUGACACCCCAGGGUUGUUUGACACACAUUCAAAUAGCAUCGAAACAGAGAUCGGGAGGUGUGUGUGUCUGUCUCAACCAGGCCCACAUGUCUUCCUCCUCGUCAUGUCUAUGGAUAGGUACACUAAGGAGGGGCAAAAAUCCAUUGAAAAUAUUGAGCAGAUGUUUGGUGAAAUGGCAAAGCGAUACACCAUUGUUCUUUUUACCGGGAUUGACAAUUUGGAAUAUCAUGGGGAGACACUGGAGGAGAAACUAAGUGGGAGUAAACCAUUUGGGAAUCUUGUACGGAAGUUUGGGCAUAAAUUCCAUGGCAUAAAUAACAGGAGUCAUGAUGAGGAACAAGUGAGGGAGCUUAUUGACAAAAUAGAGGAUGUAUUGAAUGACAAUGAGGGGCAUUUUUACACCAAUUAUAUGUACCAAACUGCUCGCAUUGAACUUCACAGGGAGAUUCUGAGGGAAAAGUUGCCAGAUAACAGAGACAGAGAGCAAAGAUGUAGGAGUGCUGAAGAGAUUGAUCACCUCUUCUGUGAAGAGGUUAAAGCAGCUGUAGAGAAAGCAACUUGCAUCGUUGCAACAAUUUUGAGAAAUAAGGGAUUAAUAUCAAUCUUUGCUUUACUUGGUGCAGGGGCAGCAUUGUGUGUGGCAGGCCCCGCUGUUGCUGCUAUUGCAGCAGGGGCAGGAGUAGGAGCAGCAGUAGGAGCCGCUGUUGCAGGAGUAGGAGCAGGAGCAGGAGUCACUAUUGCUGUUUUUAAAGAAGGGGCAGCAGUAGGAGCAGGAGUCACUUCAUCUGCAAAUGAAUAAUGGGCAUCAAUGAACUGGAACAUUUUCUCAGUGUUCUCAGAAAUCUUACUGGGAAACUGACAAUGACAUUAAUGAAACCUUCUUGGCAGUUGCAUUCUGCUAUUUCAGUUUUUACAUCAGUAGUG